AUGUUGGAGGAGGUACAGAAUCAUUCUGUGCACACGCUUGUGUUCAGAUCCCUGAAGAGGACCCAUGACAUGUUUGUGGCUGAUAGUGCAAAACCAGUGCAGUUGGAUGAAGAGAGUCACAAGCUAAAGAUGGCUGCCAAACUUCAUGCACAGUAUGGUCCUGUGUUGCCGAUUUUGGAAGAAAAUCUUAGAGAGAAAGGCGCUCAGAGUGCAGUGGAUGCAUAUGGGCGCAAAGAGUAUCCUGCCAAUCAAGGGCAAGAACUGGAAUAUUUAGUACCUGGUCCACAUCUAUAUGCACCAGGACCUGGUGUGGCUUUGCCUGCAGAUACUAAGAUGCGAGGAAUGCCCAGCGAAUCUGCUGCACAGUCUUUACCUGUGGCUCUGCCUCCUUCACAAUCCAGGAGAGAUGCAAGCUCUACUUCUGCCAGCCUCGGUGAUACCUAUCCUUAUGCUGGACUUCCUGAUUGUUCACAGCCACCUGUCUUAGCUAUGGAAUGGAUGGAAGCUGGUGACACCAAGAAUGCUGCAAUGACGGCCAAAAAGACCCCUACAAUGCCUAAACCACAGUGGCAUCCACCAUGGAAGCUCUAUAGAGUCAUCAGUGGACAUCUAGGCUGGGUCCGAUGUAUUGAAGUAGAACCUGGCAAUCAGUGGUUUGUUACUGGUUCUGCUGAUAGGACUAUAAAGGUCUGGGACCUGGCUAGUGGCAAAUUAAAACUUUCCUUGACUGGACACAUCGGUACUGUACGAGGGGUGAGAGUAAGUGCAAGAAGUCCAUACCUGUUCUCCUGUGGAGAAGACAAACAGGUGAAGUGCUGGGAUCUGGAAUACAAUAAGGUUAUCAGACAUUAUCAUGGACAUCUCAGUGCAGUGUAUGGUUUGGAUCUGCACCCAACACUUGAUGUGCUUCUGACUUGUAGUAGAGAUUCAACGGCACGGAUAUGGGACGUGAGGACAAAAGCCAGUGUGCACACGUUGGUGGGGCAUACAGCUGCAGUGGCUACAGUAAAGUGUCAAGGUGCAGAACCUCAGAUCAUUACAGGAAGCCAUGAUGCUACCAUUCGAUUAUGGGACUUAGUGGCAGGAAAAACACGUGUCACGCUAACGAAUCACAAAAAGUCAGUUAGAGCACUGGUUCUGCAUCCAAGAUAUUACACAUUUGCCUCUGGAUCUCCAGAUAAUAUCAAACAGUGGAAAUUCCCUGAUGGAAACUUCAUUCAAAACCUUUCAGGUCAUGAUGCUAUAGUGAAUACACUGGCUGUGAAUUUGGAUGGGGUGCUGGUAUCUGGAGCAGAUAAUGGCACUAUGCAUCUGUGGGACUGGAGGACUGGAUAUAAUUUCCAAAGGCUAUGUGCAGCUGUGCAGCCUGGGUCUUUGGACAGUGAGUCAGGCAUAUUUGCAUGUGCUUUUGACCAGUCUGAAAGUCGAUUACUGACCGCAGAAGCUGAUAAAACCAUUAAAGUAUACAGAGAAGAUGACUUGGCUACUGAAGAAACUCAUCCCAUCAUCUGGAAACCAGAAAUUAGAAAGAGAAAAAGAUUUUAA